GAGAAAAGUACAUCGAUGAGAAUUAUCGAAACGUUGAAAAACACUGAUUAAAAAAAAAAAAAAAAAAAAAAAAAUCGUCAUAACUAGAAACCUAGCUGCACGGAAGUUCUAAUAGUCGAACUACAGAAUUAGAAAUAAUCGAUGACUGGCAACAACGGGCGUUUAUGGGUGGUUUGGCUGUUGCAGCGUGCCUCCUCUCUCUCCCCUGCUUGGCAUCGUGGUGGACGCUCGCAUCACUGGCUGUCAGGGACUUGGCACUUUGUCACGCCCGGAAAAAAGGUGCUUGGAAUCCACUGCGUAAGAGAAGGGCGUGCGUGUCGGCGUGAGGUCCAGCGCGGUCGAGUUCCCCCGCCAUGGCUUGUUCGCUGAGGAAUAUCAUCAACUUCGGCCUCCUGCUCGCCGUCGUCGACCUGCUGCACGGGGUCGCCACCUGCGCCUUCUAUGGGUAUCAAUUCAGCAUCCAUUAUAGGUGCCACUGGGCCCAUGGCCUCCGCUGGUGCCAGCACUACCUCUACAUGUCAGACCACAGCGUGCGCGUGAACAUCGGCAUCGCUGAGGGCGUCGGCUGCCUCUUCUUCUCCACCAUCCUCAUCAUCGGACUCUGCAAGCGCAAACCCCUAGUGACCUGGACGUGGCUACUCAAACCCAUCGCCGUCAUCAUCAUCAACGUGUUCUUCCUGAGUCGCUGGCUGGCGCAGAAGUCCCGCUACUACCACAGCUUCUUGGACCGACGCAGCGACGAACAGGAGAAUCUCUUCACCUACUUGGGUCUCGGCCUCACCCUCGUCCAGGUCUUCGUCAUGCUCUUCCUCCUCUGCAUCAACGGCUCCUUCACCUACAAGAUCCGCAAGCAGGGUGCUCCAAACACAGACAGAGCGGAGUGCGUAAUAUAGAAGACCAGGCGCUGUGGGGGGUCUGCACUAGGAAGAGAGGAGAGAAGUCAGCCUUCCACCUUGGGAAUCAGAUGGCAUUCUCUCUCUCUCUCUUUCUUAGUAUCUGUCUCUCUCUCUCUCUUAGUAUCUGUCUCUAUCUCACACUCUCUCUCUCUCUUUCUCUCCCUAAUAUUCACGACUUCUCGGCAACUUAGUGUGCUCGAGUGAAGGGGUCGCUCAUCUUUGCACUUGGCUCUCCUGCCCGUCUUGUGAAGGGCAGCCUUAAUGCAUUGGUCUGUGCAAGCCCCUCUGCAAGCAGUUUUAUAUGUAGUGUGUAAUCAAAGUAUCGAUUUUGUGGUCGUCUAUACUUGUUAAUUUUUUUUAGAUGUGUUUAUUUUAUGGAUUCUUUUUUUUCGUUUUGUGAGUGGUUGAGACAGUGUAUAAAAGGUGAUAAACUUCCUAUGUAGAUUGACUGAAAACUGGUGGGCAGUAGUGAAACGCCGAUGUGGCUGUCCACUUUUAUUUCUUAAGAACACACGAAAUAUAUAGGACACGUAUGAUAAUAAUAAUAAUGUGAGACGAAGAACGCGAUGUAACUAGCGGUGCUGAGUGGGACCCACCGGCCUGGCCCCUGGAGUGGCAGCGCCGGGGAGGAG